UUGCUUUAAAUAUAAUAUUUUCAGUUUUCGAGCUUAUUUACACCAGAAAAUGUAAAGAUAAUUGAAUAAAUCGUACAGUACUAUUGUUUGUGAUUUGGUUUUCCGGUUGUUAUUGAUCGUUCGGCGGCGUUGCAUAUAUCGUGCAGGCGAUGGGAUCGGCCCUCCGGGCGCCGCAGGAGUCCCAGGAGGCCACCACCACCACCGAGGAGCCCGACUGGACGCUCAAGUGGCACUUCUUCUUCUUCGCCUUCGAACGCCCGGGCGCCACCAUCUUCAUCGCCGGCAUUAGCAUAGUGCACUCGCUGUUCCACAUCCCGCACCUGCUGAUGUACCGGCGGCUCGGGAUCCUCACGGCCUUCUGGAGCAUCGUCGGCCUGGGACUCGUUAUCGGAGCUGUCAUGGAGAAGGAGCUGCUGUACGACAUCUGGAUCUGGUACUCGACGGUGUACGUGCCGGUGAUGCUGAUCAUCAUGUGCAUCGUGCUGACGGCCUCCGUCUGGGCCAUGGACCUCAAGCCGCUGCGCGCCCUCUUCGCCACCGUCGCCGUGCUCUUCUACCUGUUUAUGUUCUACUGCAUCAUAUUCGUACAAACGGAGAAGAGGAAGAUCUUCUCUACGACGGUGCCGACGACGGAGGAGACGACUCCGUGCCCAUGGUGCCCCACCUGCACCACGCCUAAGUGCACCACGCCCACACAGCCCCAGCUGAGGGCCAAGCCGGCCCUGCGCACGCUCGAGAUGCUGUUUGACGAGAACCUGGUGUGA